GUGUUUCACGACCCCCCCCCCCCCCCGACUUCAAUCUCGGCCGCCUCUCGCUUCGUGUCGCCCCCCACCCCAUCACCCGGACACCCAUGGCCGGCCGCUCCCCUUAGAAGAAGCCCCAGGGUCCGGGCGCUCCGGGACUGGGAAGGGCGAGGAGUCAGCACCACCCCCGCCACCACCCUCCACCCCCACACCAACACGAGCCAUGCGGAGCAGCUGAAGAGCACCCGAGGCUUCGGGCAGGACAAUCGCGAAGGAGGCUCGCUUCCCCCGGCGACGGGGUAGGCGGCCGGGCCGUGCCGGGUUAGGGCUUGGGGAGGAAGAGGCGAGGAGGUGGCGGGGGCGGCGGGGGAGAAGAAACGGAGAGCCGGUGGAGCAGGAAGAGAGCGAAGCGGGGGAAGUUGUCUUGAGGAGGUGCUGCAAUUACGGGGACGAGUGAAAGGAAUUGGGGGUAUGUGGGGGGGAGGGUGGUGAGUAUAGGAAAAGGUGCGAGGAAUAACGAGGAGAGAACGAAGAGGACGAUAGGAAGAGGUGCAACGGGCGGAUAGGAAGAGUGAAGGGGGGUUGCGUUGGUGAGGUGAGGUGGGGGGAAGCCUUCGAAGGGUCGUGAGGAGCAAAGGAGCACUUUGGCCAUGGAGCGUGUGGACAUCCUGAGGAAGCUGGUGGCCCGGGUCGCCUCUCUGCGAGACGUGGACGCGUACGGGGAGGACGGCUUCGCGGAGGAGUUCGCGAGGCUACGCCGCCAGUCGAUGCGCUACCGCAGUGACCGAACCUACCCGACGACCUCCGGGGAGAACGAGGACAACAUGCGCAAGAACCGCUACAAGGACAUCCUGCCAUUUGAACACAGUCGAGUUAAAUUAGCCAUCCAACUCCCUGCUGUAAACUCUGAUUACAUCAAUGCGAACUUCAUAAAGGGCGUGAGCAAUCCGCGGGCAUACAUCGCCACUCAGGGCCCCCUGCCACAUACACUCGUCGACUUCUGGAGCAUGCUCUGGGAGCACAACGUCAAGGUGAUCGUCAUGGCUUGUCAAGAGGUGGAGAUGGGAAGGAAAAAGUGCGAGCGGUACUAUGCCUUAACGCAGGAAGAGCCACUCACCCUGGGACCAUUCACAAUAUCCUUGUUGCAGGUGGAGAAGCAGCACAGGGGCGAAGACUACUGCAUACGGACACUGAGUGUUCACUAUGGGAAUGAGAGCCGCACCGUCUUCCAGUUCCACUACUCCAACUGGCCAGACCACGACGUGCCCUCCUCCUUCGACCCCAUCCUCGAGAUGAUCGCCAUCAUGCGCGAGUACCAGGACGAUGAGGACAGCCCCAUCUGCGUGCAUUGCAGCGCAGGCUGCGGAAGGACCGGGGCCAUUUGCGCAAUCGACUACACUCGGAAUCUACUCAAGCUCGGGAAAAUCCCAGAGAACUUCAGCGUCUUCAACUUGAUUCAAGACAUGAGGACCCAGCGGCCAUCCGCUGUGCAAACCAAGGACCAGUACGAGCUGGUGCACUGCGCAAUAGCCCAGCUGUUCCAGCAGCAGAUACUGGCAUCCAGCCCCUGCUUGAAUUCCAACUUGCCUGCGCUCACCACGGAUGACGAGGCCGACCUAUCGGCAUCUCCUCCGGGAACUCCUGACCUGCCGCCCCCAAAACCCCCACGUGUCAAAAGUGCGGCGCAGCGGGACGAGGCGGACGUGAUGGAGGAGAUCCUGCAGCCGCCGCGGCCCAUCCCCGUACCGCCCGUCAUCUCCCCGUCGGUGCCCGCCGGCUUCCUCACCAUCUCGUGCGUGUGGCAGGACCGCAACGACCGCUACCACGCCGACGCCACCGAGCGCUACCACGAGCGAGACGCGACGGGCACCCCGGCGAUUUGCGAGACGGGCGGCUGCGGGGGCACGGUCGAGGGUUCCGACUCCGACGGCAACGCGUCGGGCGACGCCGAUUGCGCGAACAAGGCCGAGAGCUCGGCGGAAGAGUGCAGAACGGAGAAGUUUAAUGCCGCCAACAAGGCCGCGGGCGACGGCUUCGGCGGUUCAGGGAGCAGAGUUGUGGAAAGUACGUCCCCUUGCUCGGCGGAGACCCUGGAAAACCACGGCCAGCAGCGGUUGGACCUGAACAAGAAUUACACCAAGUUCACGGGCAGUGUGUCCAAUGCCAACAUUGGCCCAGACACCUUGGCAGAGAGACCCAUUCAGCUGGAAGUGGCUCCCACCGAAGACCACGACGACAACGCCCCGCUCAGCAAGAAGCCGUCAGCGGAGAGCGCCGGCGACGAGGCCGCUUCUGUCGGCGGCCUGGACGAUGACGGUAAUUCUGCAGAGACGAACGCCAGAACUAUAGACCUUGAGUUGAAAAGGAAGGAGAACAGGCUGGCGAUCGAGGUGAAGAAAGUCCCCCGUCCAGAGACCCUCAAGAGCUUUGAGUUGGCAGCCGCCCCCACCCCGAGCCGAGCCACCAUCACGCCCGUUUGGAAAGUGUCCGGGCAAGAGGAGUGCAGAGGGACGGCCGUGGAUGGCAACAAAAAUGUUGAGGUCAAUCAGAACGCCUCCGUCCCUCCUAACACUUCCAAUGUUAAACAUUUCGUGCAAUCCAUAGACUCGAAACCGAACGUCGGUCCACGAGCCACUCUCUCUGUUGAACACAUCAGAAAGCGGGCCGUGUCUCCCAUCGGAUUUCAUCCCGGACAAUCUAACAUCAGGUAUUCCAGCGUGAGCGCUCCGCAGCCAAAACCGGGCAGCGCCGCCGAGAAACUCAACGCCCAUUCGACAAACCUCAACGUCGCGUCUCCGGCUCAGCUCGGUACGAACGCACAGGCGGGCGCGCCGAGCCCCGCCAGCCCCCGAGACAAGGCGGCGCAGCCGCACAGCGCGGAGGCGACGAGGUGGAGCGAGCCAGACGAGGGGACGGCCGCACGAACCCUAGAUGGGAGCUCGCUCGGCGACAAUCAACCGCUGCCAUCAACUGCCGUGGAAUCGAUCCACGCUCCCGAACCCGACUCGCAGGACUCAAAGGCGGAGCCGCAUCGACACGCGGACAGAGGGCCGCAUCGGCCCUUCGGCGAGCAGACGAACGUCGCCGCUGCUUUGGCGUCGGGCCGCGUGGACCAUUUCAAAGGCAAGCAGACGAACCUUGCCAAGAGCACGGUUGUUCCCGCGGGAAGCGACGGUCGCUCCCGAGAUAAAUCGUUGCGGGACGACGUUGGAUGCGCCGCCGCAGGCAAGGAAAGCACGCCUGCUCCCGCGCGCGCAGAGGAGGAGGUCCCGGGGGACACACGCGCGAGCCACAGACUGCUCGACCUGUCGCUCCCGGACAAAGAAACCUUCUUCGCUGUCGGCGUCGUGGCUUCUUUCCGCAACGAUGCUGCCUUUAAAGGCUCAUUAGAGCCUGCUGAGCGCACAGACUGUGUAAGCCACCCAGCGAACAAAGACCCCGAUAAGGGAGGAGCCACGUUGCAGGAGAGCCCGGAGAGCCCUCGCCCAGCUGCCCAGGCUCCACGCAGCCCAACACAGCCACCGGCUGCUGCGGCAGCUCACCCGAGCAGGCUCGAGAGUUCUGCUUCGAAACCGAUCAACGAUCCUGAAUCCCUGGCUGCCCGUGGAGAUGAAGCACAGCAUCGAGUCUGAAAGAGCAGGCUUGCGGGCCAGUGCUGCAGUAAUCCGGCGGGACCAAGAGAAGCCAGCCAAAGCUUGAGCAAGCCCUGCCGUAAAGGGGGACCACACUCAAUGCCAGCAGCAUACCUCUGCCUUUCUGCUGAGACACAGGGUCUGCUAAUCAUUAAGAGAUGUACUGCAUGACAACAAAUGAGACAUUUCAUCCAAGAUGCAGGACGAGAUUUAUUAAAUUGCAUAUUUUAUUUUGGGUGCUCCAAUCUACUUAAAAGCAACCAAAUAUUUUCAACCAAACAUUAUAACAUUGUUACGUGUUUAAUUUGCUCCGUAAGUCAAUACGCUUCGACUGCCUUGUCCGGUGUGUUUCAGGUCAAUGUUCAUGUGCACUCUGUUAAAAUGCAGACCAGGAUAAUAGGAGUUUGUUUAGACAUUCUACAGUACAGUACAUUCAUCAUUAAUAAUAAUAAUAAUACGACAAAAACAAUCUUGGUGUCCUGUGAUCAAACCGCGACGGCUGUUUGACUGACCGUGGCACGAAGCAGCAGACCCACCACCUCGCGUCCAACACGAAGUCGAACUUGCGACAGGAAAGCGCCGUGCUUUGCUCGAACCGGUACUGUGGUGCGGUGGGGUGACGCAAGAAAAGCAGCACAGUGCAAGCUGCAAGAUUGAAAAAACUGCCCAAGGAUGGUUUUUGUACUAAUAAUUAAGCAGGUAUUUGUGCGACAAUCAAACCGUAUGGUAAUGGAAUAAAAAUUAAUAGAUGAUCGUGAUGGACUUGAAUAAAACACAAAGAGAAAGAAAUGUUUGACAGUUCCUUUGUUCGCAAACGUUAUUGCUUGUUAUUUUUGAGUAUUGUAUUCGCUUGACUGUUUGGUCAUGUUUUAAUAUGCAUUUUUUUAUAUAUAUAAUGUGGAACAGUAUAAAGCAAUAACCUGUUCAUUCCAUCAGAUAUUUUCGAGUGCUAUUAACUAAUGGUCAGCUUGUUGUGAAAUGCAGUACUGUCCUUGUGCACGAUAGUUUGGCCAACUGCCAUAAUAUACUAAGUUAUUCUUAUUUGGACCAUGCUGUUAUCUGUAUAGCCCAGCUGAUUUUUAAAUAGCAUUAUCUGCCGAGAAGCAGAGUUUGGAAGACAGUAGUGCACACAAGCGUUCCGAUUUUCCCAAGUGUUCUGGAGAAUGGGGGGGGGAAGUAAAAAUAAAAAAGACAAAAACAUUAAGCUGUGCAUAAUAUAAAACAAACUGUUGGGAACAUUUGCGGUAUUUGAAAUGGAAGUUUACCGCAUAAUAUGAGAACAUAUAAUUCAGAAAAAAAACAUUUUAAAAUUCGUAAGCAAAGCAUGGGUCCUGAGAGACUGGGAAGGUGUUUAUUUAGGCGAUGGCUGGGGAGGGCAGUACCUCUUCUCUGGCCGGGUUAAUGAUCCAACCACAACCAAAGGUCAGGUUACGUGUGAAGGGGAAGCGAGCUCAAUUCUGUGCACCAACUGCGCUCCUCUGCCGUGGAGCGCAGUGCCGUUUGCUCCCCUGUUAAAUCCGUUGUAAUCUCUACGUAUUUAUUUCAGACGCGUUUUGCAGCGUUAAAGGGCUUUGUUUUUUGACACGGGCACCAGCACGUUACGCCGUGGCUUAGCCCUGUAGUUAGAAACGCCUCCCAUGUUCUUUAGACACUUGAUGGGCUUUCAGGCUUGUUUCCCCACUUUGCCUUAAAUGUUGUAGUAAACCAUACUAUGCCGAGUAUAUACUGACAGUGGCCCAAACAUUUCAGAAGCCAACACCUAUAUGCAGGUACGCGGUCUUCAUGGACUUGCCUUUACACGUAUACGUAUGGAAAGUGCACGGUAGCUAACGAUCAUUCCCUCUGAAUUCAUUUGGCCACUUUAAUUUGGCAAUAAAUAUCAUUUCUUCACAACUCUGCGCGGGUGGAACCAUUUAUUUUCUUUCGUCGUCUUCAGUCAUAACGGUAUUACUUUAUUGUGUUAUGCUAGUCUUACCAAAAUAGUUUUGUAUACUGUAUUGUGUUUUUUCAUUUUUUUUUGGAACUUGGGGAGAUUGUUUUUAACUAGAGAGGGAAUGUGGUGUAGGAUCUGACGGCAAAUCGGUUCGUCCCUGGGCUGUAUAGGAUGUUCUUUAUCCUAAUGUCCAAAAGAUGUAAAGAAGUCUCAUGCACAAUCAAUAUAGAUGUAUUCAUCUGUGCCUUUGUAAAAUAUUAGAUUUUUUUAUACAUGCGGAAAAGAAAAUUAUAAAUAAGUUGUGUUUAUUGGAAACGAAACAACAAAUUAAAAACAACAUUGACUUUCAAACUUUUGGAUUUCUCCAGGAACGUUUUUGGGCAUAACAAAUUCACUGCAUAUUUAAGAGUUAUUUUUAUAUUAUCCGCAGCUACACACAGAUACGCUUAACACGCCGUCGUGGAAUUACCAGCAAUUUUGUUAGAAUCGAUCAUGAAAACUGCUUCGUCCGCAAAGAACAAUACUGCAUGUUUCUACAAUAAUGCCUUUGUUCAAAUAUCUUUCCCACAAUCUUAACUGCACACUGUCCGAAACUAUUAACAAAUAAACACCAAUUAAAAAAAGUGAA